AUGUCCUUCGUCACCCCUGCCUCGAACCCAGCCAUUCCGACAUAUAGGGUGAUGGACUCUGAGGGUGUCAUUGUUGACAAGUCGAGAGGGCCGCCGGACGUUAAGGAUGAGGAGGUUAUCACUUGGUACAAGAAUAUGCUGAGCGUAAGCAUCAUGGAUAUGAUUAUGUUCGAGGCACAGAGACAGGGUCGUCUCAGUUUCUAUAUGGUCUCUGCUGGAGAAGAAGGUAUCGCUGUUGGCUCGGCAGCUGCGCUAUCUAUGAAAGACGUCAUUUUCUGCCAGUACAGGGAAACUGGUGUCUUCCAGCAGCGUGGGUUCACCUUGAAGCAGUUUAUGAGCCAGCUUUUUUCCAAUCGCAACGACUCCGGGAAGGGUCGUAACAUGCCUGUCCACUACGGAGGCAAGGAUGUGAACACUCAUACCAUCUCAUCAACCCUCGCCACUCAAAUACCUCAUGCUUCUGGUGCUGCUUACGCACUUAAGAUGAAGGCUCUGCAAGAUCCUAAUGCCGAGAAACAAGUAGUUGCCUGCUACUUUGGUGAGGGAGCAGCCAGUGAAGGAGACUUCCACGCUGCUCUCAAUAUUGCUGCCACGCGCUCCUGCCCUGUAAUCUUCAUCUGCCGGAACAACGGCUACGCCAUCUCUACUCCAACCCUAGAGCAGUACCGAGGAGAUGGAAUUGCAAGCCGUGGUAUCGGUUAUGGAAUUGACACCAUCCGUGUUGAUGGAAACGACAUCUUUGCGGUCCGUGAAGCCACCCUUGAAGCUAAGAAGCGAGCUCUUGAGGGUUCAAUGCGUCCUGUUCUUAUUGAAGCCAUGAGCUACCGUAUUUCUCACCACAGUACUAGUGACGACAGCUUCGCUUACCGUGCCCGCGUCGAGGUUGAGGAUUGGAAGCGCCGUGAUAACCCUAUCUCUCGUCUCCGCAAGUGGAUGGAGAACAAGGGCAUUUGGAACGAAGACUUGGAGCGCGAGACCCGUGAACAGCUCCGUAAGGAUGUCCUUGCAGAAUUCGCUGCCGCUGAGAGAGAGAAGAAGCCUGCGCUGAAGGAAAUGUUCACCGACGUCUUUGCAGAGCUUACCCCUGAAGUAAAGAAACAGAGAGAAGAGCUGAAGCGCAUCCUUGAGAAAUAUCCCAAGGAGUACGACCUUACUGAGUUCGAGGGUGGCCUAAAGGGGUUGUAA